AUGGCAAACCCUAAUGUACUCACCUUCGAUGCUAAGGGUCGAGCGGUCGAUUUUGAGGUCUGGGUAGAUGAUUUGCAGCUGUUCCUGCAGUGCGAUAGCAAGGAUGGAGUCUCAUUGUUUGAUCUCACUUCUGGCGCCUCUGCUGCACCUGCUGCUGAUGCUGCCAGUACUGUUCGCUCACAGUGGACCGCGCGCGAUGCUGCUGCCCGUCUUGCUGUCGCUGACCUCAUUACGCACCUCCGCACUAGUGACACCCGCUACCGCGCUGCGCUUCCUGCCGAGUUCUACGCCAAGAACCCCCCCCCUAUGUACAUCACUCUCUACUACCUCGUCACCCGGCUCCCUGACUCCCUUUGCUCGGUCAGGGACCACUUCCUCUCCCUUUGCCCCACCACGCUCACCGUUGACCUCCUCGAGGAGCGCCUCCUUGCAGCUGAGAAGAGUAUAGUCGCUGUAGGAGCCUCUCGUGGUGACCCUCGUGCCCCUUUCUUUGAGGGUCGGUCGGCGCUGCGUCUGCUCCUAGUGGCAGGCGCCGCAACAGCAAGGGCAAGGGGGGUGGAGGGGAUGGCGGGGGCGGCGGGUAGUGGCGGUGGAGGAGGCGGAGGGGGUGGGGGUGGAGGUGGGAGUGGUGGCGUGAGUGGGGGCUUCGGUGGGCAGCGGUGGAGGUGGAGGCGGCGGAGGCAGCGGGAGUGGGGGUGGAUGGUGGCGGCGGCGGCGGAGGAGGUGGGGGUGGCGGGGGUGGUGGUGGGAAGCGGGGAGGCUCUAGCAGUGGCCAGCGCCAGCAAGUCUGGGGGUGCUGGUCCCUGCACCUACGUUCUUCGCACCGGCGACCGCAGUGGAGAGACGUGCGGAGGCCCGCACACCACACCACGCUGCUUCGGCCGCCUGACUGACGCCUGGCGUACUCAGUUCCCUGGCUCCGCUGAGAUCCCUCGCUGGGAUAUUCUGCUUAAGUCGGGGGUUGCUAUCUUUGAUCUUGAUUAUGAUGCUGUGUCUAUUAGUGCUGAGGGUGACUGUUACCUGUGUGUUCCGUCCGACCCGGGCAUUGAGGCUGCUGCUCUAGGUGCUAGUGAGUCUGCUGCUCCAGGUGCUGGUGAGGCUGCUCUCUCAGGUACCCGCGUCGACUCAGUUCACCCCUGCCUACCAGCGUGUGACGCACUGCACGUUGUGCUCGGACAGGCCCGUCACCUGGCCACGUUCACCCGUAGGCCAGGGUCCAGCCUGUACACCCUUACCACUGCGUCUCCUCCUAGUCAGGUAGCCGCGUCGGGUCAGGUGUUUGCUGCAGCGUCCCGGUCUGGCCCUGAGUCUGCCCCCUGCUCGUGUCGCCUCCUGGCCCACGAGACUCUCCUUUGGCACCACCGCCUUGGUCACCCCUCCCUGCCUCGUCUUCGAGGCAUGGCCUCCCGUGUCCUGGUCUCAGCCCGCGUCCGUGGACAGGGUCACGAGCGUUACUUCCUGCUGGUUGUUGAAGACUACUCGCGUUACACCACGGUCUUCCCCUUGCGCCGCAAGGGUGAGGUCACUGAGACAGAGGUGGAGAGUUUUUCCUCUGACCUUCUGCGGGCCUUCUGUCGGGCGGAGGGCAUCCGCCAGACGUUCACGCUUCCCGGCCUCUCACAGCAAAAUGGGAUUGCUGAGCGCCGCAUUGGCAUGGUCAUGGAUGUCGCUCGUACGUCCAUGAUCCAUGCGGCUGCUCCCCAUUUUCUGUGGCCGUUCGCGGUUCAGUACGCGGCGCAUCAGAUCAACCUCCAGCCCCGGGGUCCUCCUCCGGUAGACCCCCUCCCCCCUCAGGGUCCUGCCCCCUCAGGUGUGUCUCAGGUAGACGCAGUCGAGCCUGUUGAGGUAGCUGUUGACUCUGGUGCUGCUAGGGGUGCUGAGCCUGAGGGUGCCGGGUCUGGGGGUGCUGAGCCUGGGGGGGUCUUCGUGCUGGACCCUGAGGGGUCUCCACGGCAGCUUCGUGAGUGGUACGCUCGCGCUGUAGCCGUGCUGCUGGAGCUGGGGGGCCUACUGCUGGAGGUGCUGCUGGUGCUGGAGCUGCUGGAGGUGCUGCUGGUGCUGGAGCUGCUGGAGGUGCUGCUGGUUGCUGAGCUGCUGGUGGUGCUGCUGGAGGUGCUGUUGGUGCUGGUGCUGCUGGAGGUGCUGCUGGUGCUGGUGCUGCUGGAGGUGCUGCUGGUGCUGGUGCUGCUGGAGCUGCUGCUGGUGCUGGAGCUGCUGGAGGUGCUGCUGGUGCUGGAGCUGCUGGAGGUGCUGCUGGUUCUGGAGCUGCUAGAGCCGCUGGUCCUGGAGGUGCUCGUACUGGAGGUACUGGAGGUACUGGAGCUGCUGGGACUGGAGCUGCUGCGGGAGUUGGAGCUGGAGGUGCUGGAGGUGCUGGAGCUGCUGGUGGUGCUGCGGGAGUUGUAG